AACUCCAGGCCAGAGCCAGCGUGUGUGUUGGCUGCUGGCUGAGCUGGAAGAACCCUCCGAGCUUGGCAGGAUCAGCUGUUGGGGAAGAAUAUUUUGAGCAGGUUCAGGAGCAUUCGGAAGGAACUCUCAAUGCAGAAGAAAACACACACACACACACACACACAGUCAGGCAGAUCCGCUUCUUUAAAAAACCAACACACUUAUUUACCAUUAAGCCAUUUACGCACGGCGGAGGGCUUUCUGUUUGCAGCUGUAUGUGCGCUGCCAAGUGGAGCCAACUUGAGGAAAGAAACAUUUGAAGAACAUCUGUCCAACACUUUGUCAUUUAUCUGAAGCGGGACUUGGAAAGUGGCAUCAUGCCAUAUCUCAGCACACUGUGUGUGUACUACUUUUUGAUGCUCCUGAACCCAGUUAUGACAAAUACCAUCACCGAAGACAUAGAGGUUUUGGUGUUUUUGCCACAAAAUAAUUCCUACCCUUUUUCACACACAAGAGUGUCACCAGCGAUCCUUUACGCGCAGCAGAGGCUGAAGACAGACGGAGGACAGUACUCCGGGUUCCGCUUCAACAUCCACUUUGAGAACUCCAACUGUUUCAAUGAUGCUAUGUUUGUGUUAGUGGACAGGUCGUGCGGGCGCAAGCCGGAUCUGAUUCUGGGUCCGGUGUGCGAGUACGAGGCGGCGGCAGUGGUGAGGCUGGCAUCCCACUGGGACAUCCCGGUGAUCUCGGCAGGUGCCCUGGCCACCGGCUUCAGCAACAAGAACGCCGAGUACUCCCACCUGACCCGCAUCGCUCCGUCCUACGUGAAGAUGGCAGAGACGUUCACCGCGGUGUUCGAGCACUUCACCUGGAGGAGCGCGCUGCUGGUGUACGAAGACGACAAGGAGGAGCGGAACUGCUACUUCACUCUGGAGGGAGUCUAUCACCUGAUGGCGGACUUUAACAUCAAGACGUAUGCUGUUUCCCAAGAGGAUCGCCUGGACACCGACGACAUCCUCCAAAACAUCCAUGACACCGAAGUGGUGAUCAUGUGCAUGGGAGCAGACAAAAUACGAGAGAUCAUGCUGGCUGCACACAGACGACGGUUGACCAAUGGCAAUUAUAUUUUCUUCAAUGUUGAACUCUUCAAUGCCUCUUCCUAUGGCAAUGGCUCGUGGAAGAGAGGGGAUAAAUAUGACAAUGAUGCGAGGCAGGCCUUUGCUUCUCUGAACAUUGUGACACUGCUCAGGACAGUCAAGCCCGACUUUGAAAACUUCUCAGUGGAAAUGAAAAAGGCCGUUGAAAAAGCUGGGUUUCUUGACUGCAAGGACUGCGGAAGUGUCAACAUGUUUGUUGAGGGAUUCCAUGAUGCCAUGUUGCUGUAUGCCAUCGCCUUGCAUGAAGCCAUGAAAAACGGAUACAGUAAAAACAACGGAUCAGAGAUCACCUCACGCAUGUGGAACAGAACUUUUGAAGGAAUCGCUGGCCAGGUAUCUAUGGAUGUCAAUGGUGACAGAAAUGGAGAUUUCUCUUUGAUGGCCAUGACGAAUGUUGAGGCAGGAACCUAUGAGGUGGUGGCCAACUACUUUGGUAAAAAUGAAACUUUUCAGCUGCUGCCUGCCUUCAACGCUGACCAUUUCACCCUGAGAGGAAGACAUAAAACACACACAGAGAUACCCGACAAAUCAUGUGGACUAGGAGUAUCAGCGUUGACUGGAGUCAUAGUGGGAGCUGUUCUAGGAACUGCAAUGCUUAUAGCAUUCUACUUUUUCAGAAAAAACUACAGGAUAACCAUUGAGCGGCGCACACAUAGUGAAGAGUGUGACACCGGGAAGCACCGUCAGUUACGAGAGGACUCCAUCAGAUCGCACUUCUCAGCCGCAUAAUCCUCAGCAGGAGCAGCAGUCCCUUCACAGAGAAUCACACAUCUGAAUGUGACCAAAGACUUUGCAAUGGUUGUCAGUGGAGCCAUGCUGUUAAAAAAUGAGACGUUUUGUGUUGUAUCCUUUAAUGUUAAUUGACUUAUUGUAACUCAGGACAGUUGUAACAGUCACAAAGCACCACUUACUUUGAUUGUUCUCCAUAAAGUAAAAGGUAUAUGAUUGUAUUGGUGUAUAGAAAGCUUUGGCCCUAGUAUUCUUUAAGGAUUUUUAAAGAAUGUGUUUCACUUUUUAUUUUCAGAUUGUGGUUAUCACGACUGUGAAUGAUUCAGACUGUGUAUCUAACACUACAUUUGCAUGCACUAGUGGGGGGAGUGAGGUCUACUUUUGCCUCUCAGGUCAAAAGACAGGACAAACAGAGGCCUCAUGUUUAAGGUUGGUAAACAACAAUGGCAGAGCAAAACUUUUAAGAAAUGCUACAGCUGGAGCUAACCUACUAAAAAGGGAUAUAGGCUAGAUCUAUAUCGAUAGGCUAUAAGCUACUGAUAUUAAGCUACUGAUGUUGUAAGGUUUUCAGUUCACCAUAACCUUUCUGAGAUCCAGCAGCCUCCAUACAAAUCAAAUUUCUCAUUCCUAACUGAGCUCAUUGCUGAAAUGAGAAAUGAGAAACACUGGGUCACAUAUCAUUGAGUACAUCUCUUCUACAUCUUUAGAUUGGCUCAUUUACAAUAUUUCCUUUUAAAUACAUUGCUACCUGCAUACUAAGUUGUGGUUCUACAUUCUGAUAAGGCCUACUUUGUUUACUUACUUAAGUUUACUUUAUUAAUGGUUGAUCAAUCAUGCAUAAUGCUUUAUAGAGCAGUAGCCUAAUAAACCAGAGAACAACUUAGGUUGGGUUGUAUUCGUUUUGGCUUUACAGCUGACCAUCCUCCCAAUGAAUUAAAGGAAAACUACAAUUUAUUGCAACUUGGGUUUUUCUAUCAGUUUUGAUCAUCUGAGCUGUCUGAUCCUUAUCAAGUUUGUUCCCUGAUGAAUCUUUUUUUAGCAAGAUAACUGUUUUCACCAGUGACUUUGGUGAGUACAAUGUUAUCAAAAGUGAUGGCCAGAGUAAAUAGAAGUCUAGGAAAAAAAGAGAUUCAUAGAGCAAGCUAAAAAACAUAAAGCAAGUUUCCUGCUGAAGGAGGAAAAACACAAAGGUUUCUAAUAAUGGCUUAUUAAGGACACAUUCAUUAUUGAAAGAGUUAUCAACAUUACCACAUAAGUUGCAAAUUAUAAACCAUUAUUUCUCAUCAGUAUUCCUUAUCAGAAAGUGGAACUGAAAUCAUAAUUAAUUGUGAUAGUAAUGAUAGUUAAUUAUAUUGCUGUGUUAUAAAAGCAGUGUGAGAUGCUUUCCAUAAACAGUAGUGACUGCAUGAAAAAAGUAUUUCACUCUGCGUUAGUGACCUUUAGUUUUUUAGCAAAGUCUCUGUCAUUUGGGUUGAAUUAUUCAGCCGGAUUUAAAGACAAGGUUUUUAUAGACGCAAAAUAAAGACAGUGAACUUGGUAAAUGGCCUACCCAGCCUGCUGGUUCAGUUUGUGUGUUUGGGGAAAUAUUCGGAGAAUAAACAAAUGUAUUGUAUUUAGGUUCAAAAACAGUUUUAUUCACUUGCUUUAUUCAAAGCUCUGUAUAAUAUUACUAUAAUAACUUUUGGUAUCUGGUAAAGUGACUUAACAGUGACAAUGUA